CAUGGCAGGCAGAGUGGGGGGAGCGCGGGGAAUGGGCGACCCCGGACCGACUGGCGGCGCACGGGACAGGGCGAGGGUGCCGGCGACCCCAGAACGCGAGGGACGAACCGAGAGGGAAGGCCUAGCUGCUGAGCCCUCCGGGGCAGGGGUCUGACAUCUGGACGGAGGGCGAAAACAGCAUCCUGCCCUUGGGGAGUCGGGAGGAGCCCAGUCCCAUCCAGCUGUGCAAACAGGAGGAGGAGGAGGUCCCAAGCCUACCCUUGGGAGAGGGGCGAGAGGGGUGGUAAAGCCGCCGCCGCGACGGCCCCCGCGGUGCGGGUUGCGCCAGCCUCCCCGGAGCCCGACGCAGAAACUUGUUGCAAACAAAUAGGCGACCGCGGGUGCCCCUAGCAGCCAGCGGCGGAGUGGGUGGGCGGGCGAGAGGGAGGGGAAGGCUGGCGGACGCCGCAGCGAACUGGUGGGCAGACCCGGAGUCGCCGCGUAAGCGGGGCCGGCUCAGUGCGGUGCGGCAGGCGCGGCUGUGCGGCAGCGGAAGUCCUUUGUUGCAGCACAGUCCCUGGCAGAGCCAGAGCCUCUCCGCGCAGCCCAGCCCGAACGCCGCGCGCCGCCGCCACUGCAGCUCGCGGCCCCUUCGCCUCCGCCCGCCUUUCCCGUGGCUGAUUUGCCUUAAACUCCCUAAAACCUCCGCAGCCCCGGUUCCUGCUGCGGCCGGUCUCUAAAUAAUAGAAGAUGGCAAAGCCCAGCCACAGCAGCUACGUCCUCCAGCAGCUGAACAACCAAAGGGAGUGGGGUUUUCUCUGUGACUGUUGCAUUGCCAUCGACGACAUUUACUUUCAAGCGCACAAAGCGGUUCUGGCUGCCUGUAGCUCCUACUUUAGAAUGUUUUUCAUGAACCAUCAGCACAGCACCGCACAACUGAAUCUCAGCAACAUGAAAAUCAGUGCCGAGUGUUUUGAUCUCAUUUUGCAGUUUAUGUACUUAGGAAAGAUUAUGACUGCACCCUCCAGUUUUGAACAGUUUAAGGUGGCGAUGAACUACCUGCAGCUGUACAACGUUCCUGACUGCUUAGAAGACAUUCAGGAUGCAGACUGUUCUAGUUCAAAGUGUUCAUCUUCUGCCUCCAGCAAACAGAACAGCAAAAUGAUAUUUGGAGUAAGAAUGUAUGAAGACACAGUGGCUAGAAAUGGCAGUGAAGCCAACAAGUGGUGUGCAGAGCCAAGUUCAACAGUAAAUACACCACACAAUAGAGAGCCUGAUGAAGAGUCUUUACAGUUAGGCAGUUUUCCUGAACCACUAUUUGAUGUAUGUAAAAAAAGUUCUGUGUCCAAAUUAUCAGCUCCAAAAGAACGCGUGUCACGGCGCUUUGGACGGAGUUUUACCUGUGAUAGUUGUGGAUUUGGCUUUAGCUGUGAAAAAUUGUUAGAUGAGCAUGUACUAACCUGUACUAACAGACAUUCGUACCAAAACACAAGAUCCUAUCACAGAAUAGUGGAUAUUAGAGAUGGAAAAGAUGGUACUAUCAAAGCCGAAUUUGGUGAAAAGGAAUCUUCCAAAGCAUUUUCCACACAGACAGACAAAUACAGAGGAGACACCAGCCAAACUGCUGAUGAUUCGACUUCAACCACCGGAAGCCGAAAAAGUAGCACAGUGGAGUCUGAACUAGCCAACGAGGAAAAAAGCAGAGCUGCUGAGAGGAAAAGAAUCAUUAUCAAGAUGGAGCCAGAAGAUGUUCCCACAGAUGAACUGAAAGACUUUAACAUUAUUAAAGUGACUGAUAAAGACUGUAAUGAGUCCACUGACAACGACGAAUUAGAAGAUGAACCUGAAGAGCCAUUUUAUAGAUACUAUGUUGAAGAAGAUAUCAGUAUUAAGAAAAGUGGUAGGAAAACUCUAAAACCUCGGAUGUCGAUAAAUGCUGAUGAAAGGGGUGGUUUAGAAAAUAUAAGGCCCCCUAACAACAGCAGUCCAGUACAGGAGGAUCCCGAAAAUGCAUCCUGUGAGCUCUGCGGACUCACAAUAACAGAAGAGGACCUGUCAUCUCAUUACUUAGCCAAACACAUCGAAAAUAUCUGUGCAUGUGGGAAAUGUGGACAGAUCCUCGUUAAGGGGAGGCAGCUUCAGGAACAUGCUCAAAGAUGUGGGGAACCCCAGGAUCUGACAAUGAACGGGUUAGGAAAUACGGAGGAGAAGAUGGACAUGGAAGAGAAUCCUGACGAGCAGUCAGAAAUAAGAGAUAUGUUUGUGGAAAUGUUGGAUGAUUUUAGGGACAAUCAUUUCCCGAUAAACAGUAUCCAAAAAAAGCAGUUAUUCAAACAUUCUGCCUGUCCUUUUCGAUGUCCUAAUUGUGGCCAGCGUUUUGAAACUGAAAAUCUAGUGGUUGAACAUAUGUCUAGCUGCCUAGACCAGGACGUGUUUAAGAGUGCCAUCAUGGAAGAAAAUGAAAGAGAUCACAGACGAAAGCAUUUUUGUAAUCUCUGUGGAAAAGGAUUUUAUCAGCGGUGUCACUUAAGAGAACACUAUACUGUUCAUACUAAGGAAAAACAGUUUGUUUGUCAGACAUGUGGAAAGCAGUUUUUAAGAGAACGUCAGUUGCGACUGCACAAUGAUAUGCACAAAGGCAUGGCCAGAUGGGGCACUGAGGUUCAGAGAGACUGGAGUAUUUUUCCUAAGAUCACAGAAAUUAAACACUAGAGCUGGAGUUUGAACCUACACCUCUUUGAUUUCCGCAUGCCUGUACUUAAGCACUAAGCCACAUACCUCACCUCCCAAGAGGUACAAAGACGGGCCUUUUCAGCCUAGGAACACAUGUGAUCAAGCUCCUAUGAAACUCUGUGCUCCAUGUUCAUCAUCUGUGGUCGGCUGUGCCUGGUAAGGUAGUGGGUACCUAAUGAACAUGUUGGAUAAUGUGAAAAUAUAUCAGUUGGAAACAAAACUUUCUAUUUGAAUGGGUCACUCAGAAUGAUGUUUUAGAAAUACUAAAUAUUGACACGGUUUAAUUUUCCUUUAUUUAAACUAAAACCUUUAGUGGUAUUAUCAGCCAUUUUGGAGGGCCCAUUGUUAAGUGCUCAAAAAAAAUUAAUUUGAAUUCAACUUCUAUAUUUCUACCUCUGUGACUUUUUUCUCUUUUGUUUUCCCUAUUCCUGACCUUUAUGUUUUAAUCUCCAACCAAUCACCAUUUUAUUGGUUAUGAAACUGAUGAGUUCAAUAAUUCAAAUCAUUUGAAAAUAUUCCCAAGAAAAACCAGGACCCCAGAAUAACCAGUUUCCUCUUUUUGUCUUAAUAGAUGAUGUGGAUAAGAAAAUUUUCAUUUCUUUGGGUAAAAAAAACAAAACAAAAUCCCUAAUUGCCAUAUUGUGAUUGAUUAAAGUUUAUAAUCUAAGCUUGUCUAAAAACAAAGGUUAUUAUUCUAGCUAUUUAUAAUUCAAUUACCAAAAAUAUUUAGUGUUAACUUAUAAAGACAGUCUUACUCAUAAAAGAAAUGAAAGAUAAUAACAGCAAACUUUAAGAACAUGAACAUUUAAUGCUUUAAGUGAAACAAUCCCCCUCCCAAUCUAAUCUGAUUUUAACUUUAUGCAUCUAUUGCCUGAUUUCUAAAACCUAUGCAAUAGGUUUUACUACUGCUAUAUUAAAUUUACUACUUUAAUGGUCUUUCUACCAUCUGCCAAAUGUUAUUUUUUAAGUGAAAAGAGAAAAAUAAGGUAAUGAAGACUCCAUAGAUAAUGUCUAUAUAAUCACUUAGGUGGCCCACUUUCAUUGCCUCUAUCAAACUCAAGGACAUAUUACUUAGUAACAUAUGGGUAGAGUCUCCUACUAAAACCAGAUGAAAUUUAGCUACUUAUAAAUUUAUCUGCUGACAAAAGGCAAAGAUGCAAGGAUUUAAAAUGCAAGGACUUUUGUGUCUGUAUUAGUAAAUAUGAAUAUUAACUAAAUGACAAUAAUAGCAGCUUGUGAACUCAUGCUAAUUUUGAACUAAUUUAAUACCACUUACAUGUUUAUAUUCAUAUGCUUAGUUGACUUUAGCAUUAAGAAGCUUAAGUCCUAUUUAUUUCCUUUUACUUAGGAGAACCAAAUCAUUGAGGUCCAUUGGUAGUGACAGAAUUGUUCAUCCUUCCUAUCAAAAUGUACCACAGAUCACUGGGGGGCAGAAGCCAUUAUAAUUUCUCAUUAUCUUACUCAUUUGCAGAAAAGAUAGUGUGAAGAUUACAAUCCAGUACUUGGCUCUGAAUUGAAUGUAUCAAUAUACAAAUCACCAUUUCAAUAAGAAGGCACAGGAAACUCUAGGGCCAGGGGGAUGACAAAUAUGUAAAAGACAUUUCAUUUCAGAAUUAGGAAUAUUAACAAUUUUAUGUGAGAAAAUUUGCAUAAUAACCCUCUGUACUUACCUAUCUGAGAAAGGAAUACAGUCAGGUAGACAGCCUACGAAGCCCCCAAUUAAGCUUUAUUUUGAAAGUUACUAUGUUGUUUUUAUUAUACUUAAACCAAUUGCUGGGUGCCUGGGUGGCUCAGAUGGU